UCUGAAACCAACGAGGCGUAAGCUCGGUCACGACAAAAUGAUUAACCCGUGGAUCUAUAAAUAUAAAACGGGUUUUUAUUCAGUAGUCACUUUACUGACGCAAUAUUGGAUUAUCUUUGCGGUCAUGUUCUGUUCUAAUAUUAGCGUUUUGUUUUGAUUUUAGCAUGUUGUAUUUGAUGUUUAGUGGUUAAGCUUUAAAACAGAACAUUGUGUGCUCUUGCGAAACGUUGUUGAAUCAUUUAACUUAUUUCACGUCGUGAGAAAAUUAAAGCGCGAUAGCAAAGGGAUCGUGUACAGAUGAUGUAGUUCAUGAACUGAGAGAGCUGGCUUUAAUACAUGGACUUGAUGGCACAAUCUAUGAUGUGGGUGGAUUACAGUUGGAUAUCCAUGAAGCUGUGAUACCAAGAUAAAAAUGGGCUGUCCGCAAUCAAAGUCACGUGACCUUAACCCAGACGUUAACGGGACGGGUGACGUGAAUGGGCGUAAAAGAAGAAACGACGCCGUACGACCAGAGCCCGAACAAUCUAAGCAUGCGCCCGCGAAAGCCACGCAUAACUUUAAUGAUGACCCAGCAGUGAUGGGCAUAAGUGAGAAUCUUGAACACACUAUACCCGUCAAUCCGAAUCCAAAUUUAGCCGCAAAGAAAUCGACACAUGCAGACGACAAUCAAAAGGCAUCCAAGUCGGUUGAAACAAACGUUGCAAACAAACCAACAAUAAGCAAUGCAAACGGUGAUGCAAAGCCAUUAGAAAUCCAACGGACUGAAUGCAAAGAUGGUAAAACUUCACCACACCAUUCACUCACAACUAAAAAAUCAGCGUCUGAAGCAGCCGUUGCGGUUUCUUUACCCGAAAAUAAUUCAGAGAGCGAAUCUAACGCAGUGCUAAUGGAGAAAGAACAUAAUAAAAGAAAACUGAUAAAGAAAACGAUCGAAGAUCGAGAUAAUAUGAGCCAUGGUAAGGAAACCGUGUUGACGAGCGCUUUUAUCCCUGACGUAGAUGCAGCUGAUAGUCCGACGUAUAAACGUCGACUUAAGAGUGAAGCUGUUGACUUGAGCGACGUCAGUUUGUCGGAAAAAGCGUUGAACACGUCCCCCAAAGAGACGUCAAAAACACCAGUUCGAGACCCGGCUGUCAGUACCAACCAGCCGCCUACGUCACUUCCGGACUUGCGCACUCCCGACGACAACAAGCCUAAGGAGAAGCCUAACCCUUGGGAAGGCUCAUCCGCGGUCAGACACAUCAACGAGGGUCAGAUUCAGUACGGAAUACCAAAAGGUGUACCUGAACCGGCUCCCCCGAAAUCCCGGAAGUCAGACUUCGUGACGCCAACUACGUUUGUUUUGGCAGACAGAUUAGUGGACGAGGCUCCAAACGACGCUCUCGCCUUCAACAAACUCGCCGGUUACCUCACCGGCACCGUGAAAAAGAGUGAACUACAGAAAGCAGACGACGAGCCCGACGCCGGCGCGAACAAUCCUCAACUUCCGGCGGCAAAGCCCGUUACUACACUAAAGAAGGACAUCGUCACUGACGUGCAGCUACAGUUCAAGCACAUCGAUGAGAACGCAAAGAAUACCCCAGGGUCAUGCUUGCUGUCAGUGGACCGCCUGGCGUCACAUCUGUGCUCGGUCGCCACCUCAGAUCUAGAGAAGAUUCGAGCCUUCUACUUCUGGGUCUGUAAUAAUAUCAGUUACAUGUACGAUAAGGAAAAAACGUUGUCCGAUAAGUUGCGUUAUGAUGCGACGUCGACGUUACGUCAGGGGCAAGGAAGUUACGUCAACCUCAUGGCAGCUCUCUGCAAGGAGGUCAAUAUCCCUGUAGUUACGAUACCCGGAUGUUCCAAAGGUCUCCGCCACCAACCCGACAAGGAGUUCAAACUUGGUGAACGGAACCACAGCUGGAACGCCGUUUACUUUAACGGGGAGUGGCGUUUUCUGGAUUGCACGUGGGGGUCUGGAUACGUCGACGUCAGUGGUAAAUUCCAACGUCAGUUCGACGAGUUCUGGUUCCUGACGGACCCCGAGGUUUUCUGUUAUGACCAUUUCCCCGCACACCCUGUUUGGCAGCUCCUCGAAGAGCCGAUUGAAAUCGAAGAGUUCAACCAGAAGCCGUGCUUAACCGAGAAAUCAAGAGAGCUCGGUUUUAAGCUAAUUUCCCAUCGCGAACCGAUCGUGUACUUUAGCAACGAAGUCACUAUCUCGUUUGCAACCGAGAAUUAUCCGCUGUCGAAUAUUACCGCGGACCUGCGCGACGAGGCCGGAACAGAGAUAAAUUCGCGCAGAUGUAUGAGGCGUCUGGACAAUAAGACGUUUGAGGUGCGCGUUGUUCCGCCGGAAGUUGGCGAAUAUACGCUAAAUCUUUAUGGAAAGGCUAGAGACUAUCUUCAUGCCAAGUUUCGGAAGCUAGUAGAUUAUACGUUACGGUGUAACGGUGUGUAUCCAACGCCAACAAAGUUUCCAGAUCAUAAAAAGGCCUGGGGUCCUGAACCGAACUACGCAGAGCUAGGAUUUACAGACGCGAUUCAGUCAAUGUCAGUGUUCUCACGCGACUCCGCGGAAAUGUCAAUAGAGCUAGAGCAAACCAGGCUGGUAACAAUUUUAGCCGAACUUAAGGCCUCGAGUGACGACAAAAAAGAACUAGAAGGUUACACGAUGGUUACAGCUCGUGAAAAUUCGCAAACUGUUCAUAUAAGGUUUCCAGCACUAGGAUAUUAUCGCCUUGAUUUAUUUGCCGAGGGAAAAACGGAGAAAUUCGAAUUUGCGGCCAUGUUUCUUUUGGAAUGCACAGCAAACGCAACAAAUGUGAAGAAGUUCCCCAAAUUCAACGCGGACUCUGUUGCGAAACACAUUUGCGAAAUACUUGAGCCAAAGGACUACGAAAUUUCCGCGAAGUCAACGAUCAGUUUCAAAAUUCGGUCUUUGAAAUCGAAAAACGUCAUGGUCGGUGUGCCAGUUGAGGAAUCGUAUGGGUCGCGCAUGGAAAAGUUGGGAGAUCUAAAGGCAGACGAGGAGUGUGUGUUUUCCGGUACAAUAAAAACGCCGGGUCCCGGAAAGACGGUGUAUAUAUCGGGUUCCGCGGCGCCUCCCAAUGUCUUCUGGAGUCGUCUGUAUGAAUAUGUCACUAAGUGAUGUCGAAGUUUAGGAAAUGUAACAGUAGAAUACAAUGGUACUUCGACCUGUACCCUUUUGAUCCCACCCUUUGUGAUAGUAAGAAAUCGAUUAUUAUUAAAUCUGUGUUGUUGUAUAUUUUAAAUUAAGAACAAAGAUACGAUUGAAAAGAACUAUUCCUAAGUUAUUUUUUUUAAAUUUGCAAACUGUUAUAACUUUUUGUUCCCUAAUUUAAGCAUUUGUUCAGAUGUGCAAUGAUAUUUGAUUGAAACAUAGAUCUAACAAUAUAUAUAGAGAUCUUAAAAUAAAGAAAACUAGAAAUGGCGCGGCAGAGGCCGACGCGUAUCCCCACGCCGAAUGUUUGACCUAGGUGUGCCCCAGGGUUGGUAAUGGGGCCAUGCAUAGCUGAGAUUGACCGUAUUGUCAUAAGAGAAGUUCAUCAUCAAUUAGAAGUGAAUUGGUGUAGAAAUGAAGAAGUUAUAGUAAAAGGCAAUUUUGGGUGGGUGUGACAUAUGUGGGCAGGGCGCCCCAGGGUUGGUAAUUGUGCCAUGCAUAGUUGAGAUUGACCGUAUUGUCAUAAGAGAAGUUCAGUAUCAAUUUGAAGUGAAUCGGUGUAGAAAUGAAGAAAUUAUAGUAAAAGGCAAUUUUGGGCGGGUGUGGUCUAUGUGGGCGGGGCCCCAGGGUUGGUAAUGGGGCCAUGCAUAGUUGAGAUUGACCGUAUUGUCAUAAGAGAGGUUCAGUAUCAAUUUGAAGUGAAUCGGUGUAGAAAUGAAGAAAUUAUAGUAAAAGGCAAUUUUGGGUGGGUGUGGUCUAUGUGGGCGGGGCGCCCCAGGGUUGGUAAUGGGGCCAUGCAUAGUUGAGAUUGACUGUAUUGUCAUAAGAGAAGUUCAAUAUCAAUUUGAAGUGAAUCGGUGUAGAAAUGAAGAAAUUAUAGUAAAGGCAAUUUUGGGUGGGUGUGGUCUAUGUGGGCGGGGCCCCAGGGUUGGUUAUGGGGCCAUGCAUAGUUGAGAUUGACCCUAAUGUCAUAAGAGAAGUUCAGUAUCAAUUUGAAGUGAAUCCGUGUAGAAAUGAAAAAAUUAUAGUAAAUGGAAUUUGUUGGUGGGUGUGGCCUAUGUGGGCGGGCGCCCCAGGGUUGGGAUUGGGGCCAUGCAUAGUUGAGAUUGACCCUAAUGUCAUAACAAAAGUUCAGUAUCAAUUUAAAGUGAAUCCGUGUAGAAAUGAAAAAAUUAUAGUAAAUGGAAAUUUUUGGUGGGUGUGGCCUAUGUGGGCGGGGCGCCCCAGGGUUGGGAAUGGGGCCAUGCAUGGUUGAGAUUGACCGUAUUGUCAUAAGAGAGGUCCAGUAUCAAUUUGAAGUGAAUCGGUGUAGAAAUAAAGAAGUAAAUGUAAAAUAACCUAAAAAAUGAGUGAUAAUUUCUGACGCGGCCCCACCCCAACCGCUAUAACUUUUGACCCAG